CUCCGCGGGCGUAACGCGAAAACGCAUCCUGACCCGUGGACGUUGCCCCUGGUUUGUAGUGGGUUGUAAUCGCGAUGUUCUGUGGCUGAAUUUCCUAGAUUGCUUAUAGGCGCGGCUGUGGCUUCCAGGUGGCUUUAUUUAGCUCUCUUGACAUCUAGACGGUACAUCAAACUGCCAGGCGAUGUUGAUGCGCGCCGUGUUCAAGACGUUCGGCUGGCUCCAGAGCUGGCGCCUGCAGCCGGGCCUGACACCGCUGCCGGGCAUCGCUCAGCUCUCUGACGCCGUCACCCGCGUGCUCGCCUGCAACCCCAGUCCGAUGACGCUGCAGGGAACCAACACCUACUUGGUCGGCACAGGCAGACGGCGGAUCCUCGUGGACACGGGCAGCGCGUCGGUGCCGGAGUACGUGGAUCGGCUCGAGCGGGUGCUUCGCGAGGCGGACGCCGAACUGCAGGAGGUCGUGCUCACCCACUGGCACCCGGACCAUGUGGGCGGGCUGGCCGACAUCCGGCGCCGGCUCGGAGCAUGGGAGGAGUGCAAUGCCCUCAUCUGUGUGGACACGUGCCAGGCUCGCAAGUUCCCGCGCCCGGAGGCGGCGGAAACGCCCGGUGUGACGCUGCUCAGUGACGGCGACGUCAUCAGCACAGAGGGCGCCACACUCCGUGUGGUGGUGCACACGCCCGGCCACUGCACGGACCACGUGGUGCUGAUGAUGAGCGAGGGCGGCGUCCUGUUCAGCGGCGACUGGGUCCUUGGCGAGACGACGGCGGUGUUCGAGGACCUGGCCGACUACAUGGCCUCGCUGCAGCGGCUGCUGGAGAUGGCGCCCCGCGUCAUAUACCCCGGCCAUGGACCUGUCGUGGAGAAUACCAAUGUAUCGAUUUUGAACGUCUCUUCAUCUAUCGGCGAGGAGUAA